UGUUCGAGAGCCGAUAUCAGUAGCUUCCAUUCAGCGUGUACCUGACUCACGGUAGCAUACCUCAACUCCAACAUCUGCAUCCAAAGCCACAGGUGUGCAGCCUCUUUCAUUGCCUAUCAAAAGUUCCGGCUACCCCUCUUAUCUUUCGUCAACCCAACGCCGGCGGUGCCGCACAGGAUACAACCAUGGGCCUCCUCGAUCUUCCACCAGAGAUUCUCGACUUGAUCAUUGAUCGCACCGCACCUAGUGGCCUUGAGAGCUUUGUGCUCUCAUGCAAGACCAUAUACGGGCGGGCUGCAAACCAAAUCCGACAACACAAUGCGUUACGGAGGACCUGGAGCCAUACCACUAACAUGAGCCGGACUCGUCGCGGCGACACAUUGUCAAUUUUACACGACAUCGCUCGCGACCCUAUCAUUGCUGAGUAUAUUGAGACUCUCUCCCUCUGGGAUCGUCGUGCGGAUGAUGAGAUGCCGAACCAUAUCGAUGCGCUCAGUUUCCGCGACGACGAGCAGGCAAUGCAAAAUAUUAAAGAUUUGCUGCGACAUGCCGAGCAAUACGCCGAUGCCGAUGAGGACGAUUGGUGGAGCCGCAUUCUGGAAGAAGACCGCGCGGGUGACCAGCCGAACAUGGAUAAACUAUAUGCGACUGUCGCUUUGUUGAGUCUUUUGCCCAAUUUAAAAACACUGCAACUGCCUGAUAGAUGGCAUGAGGUUCGAGAAGGCGAAAGUGCCGAGGCUCUGGUCCCCAAUGUUCAGUCGCUUGUUGCCAUGUCCAAUAAGAAUGGGAACCGCGCAAAGCCCUUGGCUCGACUAGAAACCAUCUUACCGUUCGUGGAGGAAGGCUACGAUGUCAGAGUUGGCUUACAAUGCAUCGCACCGUUCAUGGCACUCAAAAGCAUCAGAAAUAUUUAUGCAGUUAGUUGUGUGGCUGUCGACGAGGAUUGGGGAGGCGUGCCUUUCACUUGGAUGAAUCCACUUACCAAGUCCCCGCUGACACGCGUUGAGUUCGCGUAUUGCUGUAUGGACGCUACCGGUCUCUCAGCCUUCCUAGAGAAUACGCCUGCUCUUGAGGUCUUCAAAUAUUCCCACCAAACGAAAUGGGACGGUCUUGAACACGAUUGGAAUGCUGGCGAGAUGCUUGAGGCGCUGGCAAACUACAACAGUGAUACCAUUGUUGAGCUUGCCAUCACCAUCGAUGAGCUGCAUGGCGAGGUUGUGAAUGGUCUUUCCUCUUUUCUACGUUUCACGAAGCUGAAGAAGCUGGAGGUCGAUGUUGAAUGCUUCUGUGGUCCACCUCUGGAGAGCGGACAGCGACAGGGCCGCGAUGCGCACAUUCCGCAGGGUUCAAGGACGUGGGGACAUAUUGACAUUCCGUGUAUGGGCGACAUGCUUCCGGACAGCAUGGAGGAGUUGCAUGUCAACACGAACUUUCCACAACCAUCUGAAGAAUCCUUGAAGGCUCUGUUUAAGAACAUUGUGGUGCGGCGCAAGGACAAGCUGCUCAACUUGCGCACGGCUAUCAUCCGACAAUACGGGUCAAUGAGUGCAGGCGCCAUCGCUGCGAGUCAUGAUGUCGUAUUCGAGGUGUUUGGAUAUGACGACGAGCACCCACUGCCGCGAUCCAUGAUGCCCUUGUGGAAGAGAGAGUUCAACAGUCGUGUCGGUGGGAUUGUGUUCGCAGACGGCUAGCGAACUUACGUACCGUCGAUGUAUAAAAUAGCAAAUACCGUUAUCGCGCUUUUUUAGUGCGGUAUCGUGCUCCAGAAAAUAGGGGUUUUUCGUGCGCAAAGUGUAUUCAGUGUACAAUGAGGGUCUGGGAGCGGCUAGGUUGAUGGGUUAGUG